CCACAUCACCUACACACACAUAAUCACCACAUCUUCAUCUUUUUUUCAAAUUUCAUUCUAUAUAUAAGAUUAUAUUAGUUUGUCUUAGAUUAGUUUAGUUUACAUUAGGUGGUUUAGGUUUUGGUCAGUUUGACAAGUAUUUCUCUUGUUGUUUCUCUUGUCUUGAACUUCUGUCAGCAGGAUGCCAAGGAAGUCGAGGCGGUCUGUGGUGUUGAAGCAGCGCUGGAGGAAGCUCAACCUGGAAGAGCUGAGGUCUUCCCCCACCCCCCGGAGACGGUGUCCCCCCCGGCUGGAGAGGAGCCUUCCAGAGGGUCAAGGACCAAGAGGACCAGGGAGACCCACCCCCCCUGCUCCCGAGCUCCAGUCGGCAACGCAGUUGGAUCCUCACCCCCAGCCAAGCCUUUCUGGAGCCCGGAGGAUGUGCAAGUUCGUGCAUGCCGCGGUACCGGUUACCGCCAUCCGGUGGAGACGUGGCCAACUUCGAAGCUCACUGGACGGAGCCACCAGUUGGUCAUCCCACCUAAGUCUCCUGGCAAGCAGUUUGUUCUGAUUGUCGGGGACUCCCAUCUCUGGGCCAUCGUGGACGAUUUCGCCAAGAUGCCAAAAGGAAAGUUUUCUUUUGGUAUCAUGUCGACCCCUGGGGCCCAUGCUGCUCAGCUGCGCACUGAGGUCCUACAUGCUAAGGUUCUUUGAUCCCCUGAUGCUGUUUGUGUUCUUGCUCCUAGCAACAACCUGACAGCGAGCAGGACCGUUGACGAGGCAGCCGUCGACUACGCCCGAUUCCUCACUGCUGUGAGGAGCCGCUGGUCGGAGGUCUUUGUGGUGGACUUCCCGCCUGAACGAGGAUGAGGAGCACCAGAGGGCCCUUCGCCAUGCGUACCAUCGCGUGACAGCUCGUAUGGGUUUGAGGUACUUCUCUGUGGAGGUGCACUUCCCCCGUACGCGCUUGGAUCUGUGGAGCAGAGACGGCGUUCACCUGAGCGACCGUGAGGGGAUGGGGAUCCUCACCCAGCUGCUGUGGGCCUCCACUGAGCAGUUCCUCGAGACACCACCACCUCCUCCCCCUCCCCCGGUGUCUCCUACUCCUUCACAGCCGCUUAGGAAGGUUUCUCCUAAGCUGGUUGUGAAGGGAGAGGUACGUGCUCCUCUGUCUCCUGACCCCUUCCAGUGGAAGGUCGUUGGUCAGAGCAGCAAGCCGCAGGUUCCUGGUCCGGCCAGCGUGGCUCAGCAGCAGGAGAAGGAGUCCUUCCUUCCACUGAACCCACGGUGGUUCAGUAGCACGACCCUUUGUGCUAUGGAGGAAGUGUCUCCUUCUCAGCUGUCUGAUGUGGUGGACGUCCCAUCUCCUCCAGCGCGCAAGAAGGUGGCCUCCCCAGCGGCAGCCAGGCGUCAUAGGACCACGGAGAGACGCCCCCCCCGCCACCAGUCUCCUGUGAACAACCAGGUUGGAUCCCCUCCAGCCAGGCUGUCACGGAGACUGGAGGACGACGGCCCCUCCAGCCCGGUUCCUCUGUCCAGGACCACGGAUGGAACGCCUCCCCGCACCCAAACUUCAGUGACCAACCAGCUGGUUGGAUCCCCUCCAGUCAGGUUGUCCUGUAGUUUUGGUGAUCCGGCGACCCCCUGCUGUUCACCGGUUGCGAAGGUGGCCAGGAUGAAGACCCCUUCACCGGUUGGACCAUCCCAGACCAUUAAAGCUGCCUGUCACUCUCCUCGCCCAGUUAAGACCAUCGGGACACCAGUUCCCUCAUCGUCCUGCUGGCCCUGGAUUAUCGAUGACGGACUUGCCACCUCUCAUUCCCCUUCAAAAGAGCUGUUACAUCCAAGACCUGUUGUGCCACGUUUUUACAGUGUACCAGGAGCUGUGGUCCUCUCCGGGUGAGUAUAGCAUCCAAGUGUUUCUGAUUUCAGUUUGUGGUUGAUCUCCCUGGUUAGUUAGGGAGUGUGCCAGCUGAGCAGAGCAAUCUGUCCUUCCAUCGGUGUACUAUUUGUUAUUUUGCCUUUUUUAUUUUCGAGGCAAUCCUGGGUGGAGACAUGUUUCUCUGGUGGGGGCGAGCAUUUCAGGGCCUUGGUCAUUUGGCUGAGGUUUACUGAAGUUUUGCUUUAAAGAAGCCUCGAGCCCAGCACGUCUCAGAAGAUAGUUAGGUUUAGUUUGGAGUUAGGCAGGUACCAGGGGGCUUGCUUGGAUAAUCAUUUGCACUCGGAGAUUUGCUCACUAGUGAUUGAUGUCAUUUAUUUCACUAUUUGGUCUUGUUUAGUCUUUUAGUGUGUUUAGUCUUAUGUAAUUGUUUUUCAUAUGUAUGUGGUUGCAGUGGCAUGUC